CUGGUCUCCUGAACUCCCUUUCUUUUAAUGUAGAGGGUUUUCUUGUGGACAUCAAUCAACUUCUUUGUUAUUUUGUCACUGAAGCCACACGGAGACGAGAGCAGCAGCUAUGAGUUUAACAGCGAGUGGAUUUGUUGUCUUCCUUCUCUCUAUGCCAGUGGGUGGUACUGGGGUUUGGCUCAUCAUGCAUAUUAAUCGUCUAAAGAGGAAGUCAAUCUAUUCUCUUAACAUCCUGAUAUCCGUCUUCUGCUCAUUGGUGACAGAGGAGAGGCAUCUUUCAACACAUGGUUCCUCCUUCACUUCUCACAGAGAUGAGAGGAGCAGCUAUGAGUCUAACUGCAGCAGCGAGUGGAUUAGUCGUCUUCCUGCUCUCUGUGUCAGUGGUUCAGGGAGUGCAUGACUGGGGAGUGAGUUACUCUCCUACUGAGAUCUGUGCAGCGAAAGGAUCAACAGUGGAGAUAAGAUGCAACUUCACAUACCCAUCUACAUGGAGAGGCAGUGUUAACACAGUGGAGAAAACAUUCUGGUUCACUAAAUGGAAAGAUGGUGUACAUGUAGAUCUGACCACAGUCUCAGAGUAUGCAGGUCGUGUAGAGGAUCUCUGUGAAAACAACACCUGCACUCUGAGAAUCAGAAACCUGACAGAGAGCGACUCAGCUGAGUACAAGUUCAAGUUUGAAACAAACCAAGGAGGAAAAUAUAGUGGUUCACCUGGAGUCACUUUGUCCGUCUCAAAUCUCCAGGUCACAUCAGGUACAAACAGACUGUAUUGUCAGAGCAGUUGUCAUCAAUAUUCUUAUCCUUCCUACAUCUGGUACAAGAACGGACAAAGUAUUCAGGGAGAAACAGCUGAUUAUACAAGCAACCCGAACAAUGCAGACAGUUAUUCCUGUGCUUUGAAGGGAUAUGAGGACUUUCCCUCUCCUCCAGUGUAUGCUCCAAAGCCUCCCUCUGUGUCAGUGAGUCCCUCUGCUGAGAUAGAGGAGGGCAGUUCAGUGACUCUGACCUGUAGCAGUGAUGCUAACCCAGCAGCUAGCUACACCUGGUACAAGAAGAAUGGAAAUCAGAAACGUCCUCCUCUCACUACAGAACCACAGCUUGUCUUCAGCUCCAUCCAGUCCUCUGACUCUGGACAGUAUUUCUGUAAAGCUGAGAACGAGCUGGGGAAGAUCACAUCAAAAGUGAACUCUGUUGAUGUGAAAUAUCCUCCAAAGCUUCCCUCUGUGUCAGUGAGUCCCUCUGCUGAGAUAGAGGAGGGCAGUUCAGUGACUCUGACCUGUAGCAGUGAUGCUAACCCAGCAGCUAACUACACCUGGUACAAGGAGGAUGAAGACUCUCCAAAAGCUUCAGGACAGAUCUUCACCAUCACUGACUUCAGAGCUGAACACAGUGGGAGUUAUUCCUGUGGAGCCCAGAACAAGUUAGGACGUAGUAACUCCACCUUUCAUCUGAGUGUUGUGGCAGGGAGUUCAACAAUGAUAGUGAAUAUCAUCAGGAUGACUCUGGGGGUCUUGAUGCUGAUUCCUGUGUUUCUCCUGGGUCUGUGGACGAGGAAGAAGAAAGCUCUGAGGUCCACCACUGAAGCAUGUGAACCUGUAGAGAUAGAGUUGGACUCUAUUCCUGAGUAUGAGAACGUCUCACACACUGCAGCACAGACAGAAGACAGAGAGUAGCAGGAAGACCUGGUGUGAAGUCCAGUCAGGUUAGAGCCUCCUGCAUCAGAUCAAACAGGCCCACUCCACAUUUAGAGUCACAGUUCCAGCUGUAACUUUACACAAAGUUUCUGUGAUUUUCUUCAGACGCUCACCUGAUGGAAACAAAGAAGAACGACGUUGUAUAUAUUCACCUUCAACUCCCAACAUUUUUUAUUGUCAGUUUCCAGUAGCAGCAGCUUGUAGGUUUAGAAGAAUGUGAAGUGAAUCAUGUCGAGGUGUCGAACAUGAUGUAGUGUUAAGAUCAGCUGAUGGUCAUGUGCUCUAACGUGCUGAUUUAACUAUACAUGCUUAUAUGUUAUAUGUACAUUUGUUGAUAUUACAAAAGUCUAGGAUAAGUCUUUGCAAAUUGUUGCUUUUAAAUUCAACAUAAUGAAUUAUUUUUAAAUAUCUUGGUUUGUAGCUGUCCUGCCUGAGAGAGACCUCAAAGCAUCACAUUUGACUCCAUGUACAGUUGAAUGAAAAGUAAGCUCACUAGUAGAAAACCUUGAUGUUACAUUUUCCAAGUGUUAGUGUGUAAGACUCAAAUCAACAGCAGGCUUCUACAACAAGUUAAGGACAAAGCUCGUGUUCAGAAAUUCAGUUUUUCUGAAUUGCUUACUGAUUAGCUAAAAUCUAAUAAAUCUUGCUUUUGUUUUUCUCCCAAAUUCUCACUAUGUGGUGAUAACUCUCUGUACAGCCUGGGCAUUUCUACUUUCAGAUCAGGCAGAAACACGCCUGAGAUUAAAUUCCCGUACUGUACACUAAGAGAACAAAAGCUCUCCUAACUGGCUCGCCAAAUAAUGUCGGAGAUGGAAAUCAUAUUUGGGCCAGAUUAUGAACACAAAGCUCCUUACCAACAUGUUUUUAAAUUUAGUUUUCACAGGUUCAAAAAAGUUCUGAGUUCUGAGUUUGAUGUAUAGAGAUGUAUUCGUCCAGAGUCUGGGACAAAGACUGAUAUCCAAAGCAUAAUAAAGAGCAUUUAUAUAAGAA